AUAGAGCUGACUGUGACGUGAAGAUGGUGCGAACUGUUCUGUUCCUACUUCUUCUUCACACCUCGGCCUGCUGGGGUUUUGGCUUUAAAGGCUGCUCUCAGAACUUCCCCAAGACAGACACCAUGUGGUGCUUCAACCAGAACAUAGUGAACCUCUCCGAUGUCGUCAGCAUGAUCCCAGAUAAUGUAACUACAAUCAACCUGUCCAAGAACAAGAUCAGAGUCAUCCCAGUUGGAUCAUUCAGUCGGCUGACCGGUCUCAGGCACUUAGACCUGAGCCAGAAUGAGCUCGUCUCUCUGAAAAGAGGAGUGUUUAGAGGCCUGGACUACCUGGAUUGUCUCAACCUCACUUGUAACAACAUCUCACACAUUAACCCCACUGCAUUUGAAGGAUUAACCAGGCUGCAAACACUCCUUCUGACCCACAACACACUUCUAUUAAUCCACCCAGCUGUCUUUGAUGUCCUCCUCGCCAUUCAGCGAGUUGAUCUUUCUCUCAACGUGCUCAAGUCUUUCGACUGUGGACGGUCUGGAGGGUCCUCCACUCUCAAGCACCUUGAUCUUUUUGCCAACAACAUCCAGAAGUUAAAUGUGAGUUGUUUCCCUGCCCUUGAGUACAUCAGACUGUCCAACAACACAGAAAUGCAGCUGCCGGCUGAUGUUUUUGCCUCCAACCCAAAGCUGAAGACUCUGCUCCUGCAGGGAGUGAAAGCAGAACUGGUGGUGGGACUCUCUACACAGACAAAGAGGAACCUGUCUUGGUUGUCAGUUUCUCUGUUUCUGGAUAAACCUCCAUGGACUAUCUGUGAACUGCUGAGAGGAAUGGACAAACUUGAGAAAAUAGAAGUAGAUUUGAAAGGUUCCAAGUUACCUCAGCGUAACUCCAGCCUGCUGGACUGUAAACUUCCACAGGUGGUUGCCAUCUUGGACGCAAAUUUUGGGAACGUGGCCCAGUUGUCGCUGGGUAAGGGGAACACAAGCAGACUUGAUCUCAUCAACUGUGGGUUGAGACAGAUAUCUCACGCUACAUUUGAGGGUUUCAGAAGACUUAAAACACUGCAGCUGAAUCAAAAUAACAUCGUCCUUCAGCAGGACACUUUCAAAGGCCUGACGCACCUUACUUUUUUAAGCUUUGACAGGAACAAAAUCCAUGAACUUGACCCUAACUGGUUUAUCCCUCUGAAGAGACUCACCCGUCUGUCUCUACUGAAAAAUCAAAUCACCGAGUUGACACCUAAUGUGUUCAGUGCCCUCACCCAACUUGAGCAGCUCUACCUGCAGUUCAACCUGCUAAAAUACAUCACCAAGAAGCCUUUCAGUAAACUGCGCAAGUUAACGAAGCUCAACCUCAGUCUAAACAUCAUUGACUUCAUUGAAGAAGGCUCCUUUCAGGACCUGACAAACCUAAGAUACCUGGACUUAAGUGGGAACCACAUCAAGAGGCUGACACCACCAAUUCUAUCUGGGCUCAUAAAUUUGAGAAAGUUUGUUCUGUAUAACAAUCGCCUUCAUUUUAGGUCCUAUGAAACUCCUUUUAUCAACCUUCCUUCUCUGGAGUAUCUGGAGAUGAAUUACCAGGGGCCUGGAGGUCAAGGUAUUGGAAACAUUGGGCCAAAUUUCUUCCAAGGUCAACAUCGGCUCAGCCAUAUUGCCAUCGGACAUAGCAUCAUGAUGAACAUACAUCCCGAUGCAUUCGUUCCUCUCGUCAAUUUGACGCAGUUGUACAUAGCCGGAGUGGUUAUGAAAACAACCAACCUGACUGCAGUGUUAUUGCCUUUGAAGAGGCUAAAGAAGCUGACUCUGUACAGGGCAGACCUUGAUGUUCUGCCUGCAAACCUGCUGCCUCCAAAUAAUACACUGGAGAUCCUUAAAGUCCAAGCAAACCACAUCCACACUGUGGACAAAGACCUGCUGGAUGCUCUGCCGAGAUUGCGAGUUUUGGAUGUCACAGAAAACCCACUGAGCUGUAUCUGUGAUAACUCCUGGUUCAAGACCUGGGCCAUAAACAAUGAUCAUACACAGGUGUCCUACCUGUACAAUCUGCGAUGUGACAACGGCAGGAGGUCUUCCUACCUGUGGCAGUUUGACGAUAAGGCCUGCUCCUAUGAACAGGUUUCCUUCACUCUCUUCAUCACCUGCUCUGUGAUAGAUGUGUUGUUGGUAUGUGUGUGUCUGACCUGGCAAACACAAGGUCCUGCCCUACGCUACCUGCUGCUCAUCGUCAGAGCAAAACUCAGAGGACGUAGAGGGGUGGAAGGGGCCAAAUAUCAGUACGAUGCGUUCGUCUCCUACAGCUCUAAGGACGAGGCCUGGGUGAUGGGACAACUGGUGCCUAAUCUAGAGAAUCCAGCAGCUGGUGCAGCGAGGCUCAGACUAUGCCUUCACCACAGAGAUUUCCGGCCAGGCACUGCCGUUCUGGAGAACAUCGAGGCAGCCAUCUACAGCUCCAGACACACCAUCUGUGUGGUAACACGCCACUUCCUGCAGAGUGAGUGGUGCUCUGUGGAGUUUCAGCUGGCCAGUCUGAGGCUGCUGUGUGAUGGCAGUGACGUCCUGCUGCUACUGUUCCUGGAGGAGAUCCCUGAACACUGCCUGUCUCCAUAUACCCGCCUUCGCAAGAUUGUCCGCAGAAAGACCUACCUGCUGUGGCCGGAGGAACCACAGGAGCAGGACGCCUUCUGGGUCAGACUGAUAGAUGCUUUGAAAGGCAAUGAGGAGGAGGAGGAGGGAGGAGAGGAGGAGUUGGCUCGACUAAUUGAGUAACAACUCCAUUGUUCCUGUUAAUGGUGAAAAUAAUGAGGACACAACAAACAGAAGAGACCCUCUUUGUUUGGCUUGUGCAUUAAGAGUCUGCGAGGCUAAUGGAUGUUACAUUUAUUAUAGCUUUUAACUCCCUCGAUGCAAUGCAGUCACUGGAGAAACAAUAGAAAGUUAUUUUACAGUUUCAGUCAGGAAACUAAUUUGAAACAGCCCCAGAAUUUUUUUUUUCUGAAUAAAUGUGGACAAAAGAUCAGUUGGGAAAUUAAAAGAAGCUUUAUGCUUAUACACAGCUUCAAACUGAGAUGGUGAGACUUUCUCUGCUUUUUUGUUCAGUUCCUUUUUAUUUGUUUAGCACUUUUCUUUUCACACUGCACUCUUGGUAAAGUAACAAAAUCUGGGUAUUUAUGGGUAAUAAUCAACUUACAGGAGUGUUGUCUUAAUGAUUUAUUAUAUACAAAAACUCACAAUAUAAAUUUCACCACGUGAGUAAAUAGUAUUUUAGUGAGUCCAUAUUUGGCACAUUAACAGGUUCAUAAUUGUAUUCUGGGGUCUGCUAGAAUAUGUUUCCAUGCUUUAAUGGUCAUAAAAUCUGAUUUUUUUUUCUCACACUGUACAUUGCUACAGCAUCUUUUCUCACCCUCUGUCUGAAACACCCUGUUUUAGCUCUUUCAGAUGCUGUACCAUGCUGAAGGAUAGUGAGGUAAC